GGAGGUGACGCGCGGGGCGCUGGUACCGGGGCGCUCGGCGCUGUCUCCUUGUCCCCAUCACGGCUCCCGCUCGGCCCCCCCGCGCCGCCAUGUCCGCGCCCGGCAGCGGCGGCGACUUCGGGAACCCGCUCAGGAAGUUCAAGCUGGUCUUCCUGGGCGAGCAGAGCGUUGGGAAAACCUCCCUGAUCACCAGGUUUAUGUAUGACAGUUUUGACAAUACUUACCAGGCAACCAUUGGAAUUGAUUUCCUGUCCAAAACAAUGUACCUGGAGGACCGCACGAUCAGGCUGCAGCUGUGGGACACAGCCGGCCAGGAGAGGUUCCUCAUUCCCAGAUCCAUCCGUGACUCUGCUGUGGCUCUCAUUGUCUUUGACAUCACAAGUGGGCCGGGCUGGCCCCAGCAGGUCCGGCUGCAGCUCUGGGACACGGCGGGGCAGGAGCGGUUCCGCAGCCUCAUCCCCAGCUACAUCCGCGACUCCACCAUCGCCGUCGUGGUCUAUGACAUCACAAACUUGAAUUCUUUCCAGCAAACCUCCAAGUGGAUCGAUGACGUCAGGACAGAGCGAGGCAGUGAUGUCAUCAUCAUGUUGGUGGGGAACAAAACCGACCUGGCAGACAAGAGGCAAAUCACCACAGAGGAAGGGGAACAGAGAGCCAAAGAGCUGAAUGUGAUGUUCAUUGAGACCAGUGCAAAGACUGGCUACAAUGUGAAACAGCUUUUCCGCCGUGUGGCUGCUGCCUUACCUGGGAUGGACAGCACACCAGAGAAGAGCAAAGAAGACAUGAUUGACAUCAAACUAGAGAAGCCCCCCGAGCAGCCAGUCACGGAGAGCGGGUGCUCCUGCUAACAGCCCCUGCCAGCAGCACCCCCGCCCGGCCGGGCUCCCGGAGAACAUCCUGCUCAUUGCCACCCCUCUGGGGCUGGAAAACCAUUCCUAAGCGAGCGAAUCCCUGUGUACUGGUGGGGAGCAGCCCCGGCCGCCCCUCUCACUGCAUGGUUUGAGCCCUGAGUGCAGAAUGAGUGUCCUGUCUUUUGAGUUUAUUUUUUUAUGUUGUUGCACUUUGGCACCACGGUGCCCUUCACACUCUCUCCUCUCUCUCUCUCUCUCUCUCUCACACCCUCUCUCUCUCUCUCUCUCUCUCUCUCUCUCUCUCUCUCUCUUACUCCCUUUCUCUCCCUGUUCCCACCCGGAGCCUCCCUGCUCAGAUGUAUCUUGUGAACGCCAUGGAAAAGCUGCCGAGUUAGGGGAGACAGAAAUGAAGCUUAGGGGGGGGUUUGGGUUUUCCGCCUUCCCUCCUGCCUUGCAUCCUCCCCCUGCCCUCUCCAGCCCCCUGUCCUGCAUCCCCACUUCCUCUGGUAAAAGGCUGCUCCUUGAACCUAAACCAGUCACUUGGACUUGCCUUUUUGGACUCUACAGGUUCCCUGUUCCCAGGCUUUGCUUCCCGCAGGGCACACACCCCAUCAGCUCCCUGGUUUCUCCUUUCUGUGGAUGAUCCUGGCUAACUCCUGCUCACAACUUCCCAUUUUUGCCGCUGGUGUCACACAGGGCCCUGGAAAGCCCCAACUCUGAGAGCUUUGGCCUUGUCGGUCCCAUUUGUGUGGCAAGGGCAUCCCAGAGCCUGCUCCCCUCAGCUGGAAUCUCUUCCCAUCCAGAGGGUGUUGUUGGGUCUGUGUGGGAGGAGGAGAGAACAGGGGCUUUGCAGCCUGAGGCAGGGUGGGGGAGAGGUCUGCAGGGAUUCUGGAAGCAGUGACCUGGAAUCCAUCACUGCAGGGUCAAUACCUGCCCUGGGAGUCAUGGAUGUUCCUCAGGCUCCUUCCCUGAUCUCCAUUCUCCUGUUCCUCGUCACGGAAGGUGCUUCAUGUGGAGCAGGAGAGCCACAGCAGAGGGAAGGGCAACAUUCCACUCAAUGUCAGGCUGCUGCUUGAUGGAGUCGUUCCCACUGCCUCUGCCCUUGGAGCAGAGCUCUGGGGUGGGACCAGCAGCCGUUUCACUCCUGGGAGAGUUUUAACCUUUGCCAAAGCUGAGGGGAGCAGUGGCAGGGAAUUCCUGUCACAGUGGGUGGAAGGUUGGAGGGCUGGACGUUGCUGAAGGGAAUUCCGGUGUCACUUCCCCAGCUUGAAGAUUGGGAACUGCCUCCUUUCCCCCAGCCCCUGGUUUUGAAUCACUUCAUAGAGCUUUUCAGUGAUUUCCUGGGGUUUUGGGUCCACAAAAAGUUGGUUUGUCAGUUUGCAGAGAGGAGAAUUCCACUGUCCUUUCCCCACCUGGCCUGUGUGACACGGAGGAUGCGGUGGUCGGACAAUGGCCACAGUGUGACCACGCUGGGGGGGUCAGUGACACUCUCUCCCCUCCCCUGGCAGGGUGUCCCCAGUCCCUGACACGGUGUGUGCCCCUGGGGGCAGGAAGGGACAGCCCUGGGCUGGCAGCAGGUCACCGAGGUCCCCAGAGUCCCUUCCCCUCCGGGCGAGCUGGCUGCAGGAGGAAGCUGGGAUGUGACUCCCCGUUCCCCGCCCCUCGGGAAGCUGAUCCCAUUCCCUGUACAUAGCCCAUUGUGGGAAUUGCUGGUGUCGGUGUCCGUGUCUGUAGAACAGGUGUUGCUGUCCCUCCUCACAGGCAGCUCUGCUGUCCCUUCGUGUUGUUCGAGUCACGGACCGGGGCGGGAGGGGGGGAGACCCCAAUUACGGGGCGGGGGUAAUUAGUGGAAUCCAAAUAGUUCCCUUCCCACUGUUUUUCUGGAUGUGUUCCUGCCGUGUGUCCGGCCCUGCUGUCUUGUAGCUGUAGCGAGUAAGUGUGACUGUAACUCCGAGUAAGGACUGUGUGACACAGCCACAGUGUAUCACUAAAUAAAUAAAAGUUAUUUCACCAACA